GAACCCUAAACCUCCAUUCUAAAAUUUUCUCCCGCCACCAUUAAUUCACCCUUUUGCCGGUUAACUGCCAACGAGGUUCGUAUCUUCACUCAUCCAUGGACUCCCUCCUCAACCGAGCACUUGAAGAAAUUUGUUCCCAAGGAGUCAAGGGACUAAAUCUCCGUCAUCUUUGGCCCAAGAUCCACUCUAAUGGUCUCCCCCUCUGCCCUAAUGUCAAGAAGGCAUUGUGGUCCAAUCUUCUCAACAUUCCAAGCCUUCGUUUCGAGUGCAAAGCCGUUUCCUACGAUGCUCAAGACCCUAACAUUCAGUCAUUCCAAGAUUCGGAGGGGAUGGACUUGAAGAUUGUCGCGGCGGAGCACAUGCUCAACAGCUUCAUCGGACUUUACGACAUUACAGCAUCAGAUGCUGGCAUUUCUCAGCUACAGCGUCGUGCACUUGAGCGUCUUGCCAUUGCCAGAACAGAUGGAGUAACCCAAAAUGAUCUUGCCAAGGAAUUUGGCAUCAAAGGCAACAACAUAUACUAUAUACUAAGGGGUCUAGAAUCUCGCGGGUUAAUUGUGAGGCAAUCAACAAUAAUAAGAAAGAAAGAAGUUGGGAAUGAAGGGGAGUACAAAAAUGGUUCAAUUGUGAACACCAAUAUGCUCUAUUUAUAUCGAUAUGCAAAACAUUUGGGUAGUUUACAAAGACUUGAAAUUACCAAAGAGGAUAAGGCGUCCGACAACAUAGAUGGAGAGGUUGGUACAAGAGAUGGUGUUCCUGAAGAAUGCAUAAAAGAGGACGUGCACAUAAAAGACUAUGUGCCUGCAAUAAGAGCUAUUUGUGAUAGGCUAGAAAAAGCAGAUGGCAAGGUUCUCGUCGUCUCGGAUAUCAAGAAAGAUUUAGGUUAUUGCAAAACCUCUGGACAUAGAGCUUGGAGAAAUAUCUUGCACAGACUGAAAGAUGCUGGUCUAGUUGAGGAGUGUUAUGCUACAGUGAACAAGAAGAAAGUUAGCUGUUUACGGCUGCUAAAGAAAUUUUCUCCUAAAAUGUGUGCACCCAAAAGUCGUGGAGGUGGAGAAGAUGAUCUUGAUACAGAACAACAGGUUAAACCAGUAAAAAGAGGUCAAAUCACUGAACAACUUAUGGAACUUCCUAUUGAGCAACAAAUUUAUGACAUGAUUGAUGCUGAAGGUUCGAAAGGGUUGAUUCUUAACGAGGUAUACAAGAGGCUUGGCAUAAACAAUAAACGGUACUAUCCUCGCAUUCUUGAGAUGGUGUCUAGAUUUCGGAUGCAUCUAGAUUCAGAAAGCCUUAAUAGAGGUGUUGUCUACCGAGUUUGGACUCCUGGGAACUUUAAUGCUGUAGUUUCUAAUACCCUGCGUGGUAAAUUGGACGAUACCAUGGAUGGUAAAUUGGAAGAUACCAUGGAUGGGAAAUUUCCAACUCAUGCACAAGUUGGACAAUUGCAGCUAGCUCACACUAUCCAAGAUUCAGAUCAUCUGACCUCCAAAGUUGAUGGUGAAGCCAGUGAAGAACAGAACAUUAAUUCUAUUUCAUCAGGGUUUGCUGAUGCAUCACCAGCUGUUGGUUGCAAUGACAGGCCGCUUGAUUCCAGAAGUUCAUAUAAUCUGCAAUGUGAUGUAAAUGGUAUAAUUUCUGAUGCGGAACUUCAAAUGGCAAACGUAAAACCUGCAGCAGAAGUUGUUUCUUUGGAGAUACCUUCAUCUGCUUCACCAGCACGCCGAAUUCGCCGCUCGUAUACAGUCUAUCCAUGUCUUGGUCUGAAUUCAGCUAGCUUACAGAGGGAAAAACGGAUACUUGAAAAACUACAGGAAGAGAAAGUCCUUAUAAAACCUGAGCUACCUAGGCUGCUUGAGAGUCUUGAGAAUAUUGAGAAGAAGCAUACCGUGAUGGACAAGAAGACCUUAGACCGUAGUUUAAAUAAACUUCAAGAAGAAGGACAUUGCAAGUGCAUUUCUUUUGCCGUCCCUGCUGUCACUAAUUGUGGCCGCAAGCGUACAAUUGAUGUGGUUCUGCAUCCAUCUGUAUACAAUGCAGAAGACCUAUCGGAUCGGGUUCAAGAGAGACUUAGGUCUUUUGAAAAGCAAAUACGCACCCAAGGUUUUUCUCGACACCAGAGUGGUAAAUCGAUCCCUGUUUUAAAUGACGUGGAGAGAAUUUGUACAACAAAAUAUGUUCCAACUGAGACCUCUGAAGCAAUGCGAGACAAUGGCUUCGUAUUGGCAAAAAUGGUUCGUGCAAAGCUGCUUCACAUCUUUUUGUGGGGUUAUCUCAUCAGGUUAUCCGGUUGGGAUGAUGCUAUAUCAGGAAGACAUGGAUAUGAACAGAAAAACCCAUAUAGUACAUGCAAAUUGUUUGAACUAGAUGCAGCCAUUAAGGCCAUGCCGCUUGAGUUGUUCUUGCAGGUUGUAGGAUCCUCUAUAAAACUCGAGGGUAUGAUUGAGAAAUGCAAGAAUGGUUUUUGCCUUUCUGAUCUUCCCAUACAGGAGUAUAAGUGUCUCAUGGAAACUCGAGCAACUGCACGUCUCUCAUCUCUUAUUGGCAUCCUAAGACGGUUGAAGUUGAUACGAUUGAUUGGUGGAGAACUUCUUGACGCUCCUAUGGGUCCACAUGCUACUCUUAGACAUUCACUCGAACUUAAGCCGUACAUUGAGGAACCUGUGGGAAUGGUUUUGCCAUCUACAGGUGUCAAUUCUUUUGAUCUUCGCCCUCAUAUCAGACAUGAUUUUGUUCUUGCAAGCAGAAAAGUUGUUGACGAAUACUGGAACACCUUGGAGUAUUGUUAUGCUGCUUCUGAUCCAAAAGCUGCUAUGCAUGCAUUCCCUGGAUCUGCUGUACAUGAGGUGUUCUUUUCCCGUUCAUGGGCGUCAUUCCGCGUUAUGACAGCUGAUCAGAGGGAUAAGCUAUUGAAACUUGUAGCAAAUGAAGACAUAGACAAAAAGAUAUCCUACAAAAAGUGUGAGAAGAUAGCCGAGAAUCUUAAUUUGACCUUGGAGCAGGUGCUACGUGUAUUUUAUGAUAAGCGACAAAAGCAAAAAUCGAAAGGAGCAGCAAAUGCUCCUUCACUUUCUAACAAAAGGAAAAGGUCUUUGAAGGGAAAGCCAGUAAAUAAUGGAAUGGAAGAUCUGGUUGAUGAAGAGUUGGGCAAACUGAAGCACGCUAAAAUGUUGAGUGCAGAAGAUGCCACAGAAGAACAAAAUUCGUCCCAAAGGUCCUUAGAAGAUCAUGAAACGGAUAUGUUGAUCGAUGAAUUGGAUGGCCAGAAAGAGGCUGUAGAUGAUCUUGAAGUAAAUGCAGAUGAAGAUGGUCAUUCUUAUUCUAAUAUACACAAGCGCGUCUUAUCAAAGCUGCCUCCACGCCAGAAAAGGUUUGCAUGGACAGAAAACAUAGAUAGACAGUUGGUGAUUGAAUACGUAAGAAACCGAGCUGCCCUUGGAGCAAAAUUUCAUUGUACGGAUUGGGUCUCACUUCAUAAUCUACCUGCACCUCCUCAUACAUGCAGAAGAAGAAUGUCAACUCUGAAUAGGAAUCAUCAGUUCCGAAAAGCUGUAAUGAGACUUUGUAACAUGCUUAGUGUAAGAUACGUAAAGCAUCUUGAAAAUUCCAAGAACAAACCACUUGGUGAUCAUACAAAUGAUUUUAAUAUCGAAGAGCGAUGGGAUGAUUUUGACAACAAAGAUAUAAAAAUGGUCCUCGAUGAGGUUCUUAGCUACAAGCAGACUGCUAAGUCGGAGGCCAAAAAGGGUGCUCGAUAUAUAUCCAAGUAUAAUCAGACAGAUGUUGGUGCAGAAGGACAUGAAUUUGAUGAAACCACCUUAGUUUCAUCAGCUGCUCCUAGCAAUGAAUUAAAGGGCAGUGGAAGGAGGCAAGCAUCCGGUCGAAGAUCAAAAUGUGAUCUUCCCAAAAGCUAUGCCAUGCUUAUGAAUGGAGGAAAAGGUUUUGGUACACAUGCAUACAAGUCAUUAGCAGUUUCCAAUGCAAUAGAGUUAUUAAAACUUGUAUAUCUUAGCACUGCAAAAGCUCCAGAGGUGGCAAAUUUGCUAGCUGAAACAUUGCGUCGAUAUUCAGAACACGACAUGUUGACUGCCUUUAACUUUCUCAGAGAGAGAAAUUUCAUGGUCAUGGGUAAUAGCAUCAAUGACUUUGUACUCUCUCGGAAGUUUUCACAUAAUAGGUCUUCAUCUCCGUUUCCUCCUAAUACUGGAGAAAGAGUUGUUGAGAUGGGUAAGUGGCUUAAUGAGCGAGAAAAUGAUUUAUUAGACAACGGUGUAGAUCUAUAUGCUGAUCUGCAGUGUGGAGAUGUUCUCCAACUGUGUAUGCUAAUGUGUAUGGGAGAAGUAUCGAUGUUCCCUUGCCUACCUCAUGAAGGUGUUGGAGGGAUUGAGGACUCGAAGAAACAUAAUUGUGAUGACAAUGAAGUGUGUGAUGUUGAUAAUGCUAAGAAGCCAAAAUUAUUGGACAGUGAAGUAUUUUCUCGUAAAGAAAAAGGUUUCCCAGGUAUUCAGUUAUCCUUAAGUCGUAGUACGAUAUCAAGAGUUGAUGCAAUUACAUUGUCUUCUGGUUCGAAUUUGGAACACAACUCCUCGCCUUCUAAACGAAGCCCCUAUGCCUUCUCAAUGACAAAUGUUGCUUCUGAGUCAACAUGGGAAACUAUGACUCGCUAUGCAAAACAUGUAGCAUCUUUAGAAGUAUCUCCUUUCCUGUUUCAAACUGUUUAUUCAGCCAUCCGAAAGGCUGGUGACCAAGGCUUAAGCAUGGAAGGAAUCUCCAAUAUGAUUGAUGAUAUGCAGCAGGGGGAAAAGAUAGCAGAACUUAUUGUUGAGGUGUUUGAGGCAUAUGGGCGUGCUUUGAAGGUCAAUGGUUAUGAUUCUGUCCAUGUUGUUGAUUCUCUAUAUCGAUCGAAGUACCUUUUGGCCUCAAUGGCAUCACUUGAUCUCAAGGUGCCAGAGAGCUGCACUAAUGAAGGCGAGCCAUCAAAGUCGGUGCCAGAAGAUCAUGACAAUAGUUUAAUGAAAGAAACCUGCACGGAGGUGCAUACAAGUACUGAUAAGAUGCACAGAGUCACCAUCCUAAACCACCUGGAAGAGGUUCCUCAACCUAGAAUGGAUCCAGAGUGUGAAUUACGUAUUGGUGAUUCUCCUUGUUAUAAGUCAAUAUUGCCAUGGGUAAAUGGAGAUGGUACCAUCAAUGAGAACGUUUACAAGGGACUUGUACGCCGUGUUCUUGGUAUCGUGAUGCAAAAUCCUGGGAUAUUGGAGGAGCAUGUGUUAAGCCGGAUGAAUAUACUGAAUCCUCAGAGCUGUAGAAAAUUGUUGGAAGUGAUGAUUCUUGAUGGUCAUAUCACAGUGAGGAAGAUGUAUGAGUCCACAUUCAAUGAGCCUCCACCCAUGUUACAAUGCCUUCUUGGUUGCAGUUUUAAGAAACCCAAGUUGGUUUGCAGACAACAUUUAUUUGCAAACCCCCGGAGCAUCAGCUUUUUGUAGACUCCUGCACUGUUGUAUAUAUUCGUAUAACAAGAAUCUGGUUGCUUUUCAUGGAUUUUAAGUGCAGGUUUGUUUAUUUAGCCGUGUGAUUCAAACGUAUGGCGACUUCUCUUCCUUUAAUUUUGUGAAGCCUGAGUUUGAUAACCACAUUAGAAUUAUGUCUUGGCAGGGGGGGACCCGGUGCCCGCGCUUCAUGGUUUUGUCGUAGUUACCAUAAUGUUCUGUUCCGUGUCCUUGUAUUUCUUAAAACUAGAUUUAUGAAAGCAGUUUUGUGAUGAUUAAGUUGGUCUUUAGGGCCGUUCAUC